CUCCAACACCUCAAAUCUAAGGGUACCGGCAUUGUGAAGUCAUACUUAUCUUCCGAGACUGGCUGCUGAUAAUCCUUCUGUUGAUUCUGUGAAUUAUUGGCCAUGUCAGUCGAAGCAGGCGGAGGGUCUGGUUCGACGACGCCGUCGUCUUUAAAGAGACCGCGGUCCGACGAGGAACUGCCAGCUACCCCAAUCAGAAAUACACAGUCGUCGCUGUCUCCGAUGAGCUCAGCACUCUCAUCUCCGGUCGCUAUCUCAACUCCAAAGGAUACUCCAAUGACGACUGGAAACUCCAACAGCUUGUCGAACUCGCCAUGCAAGGCCCAAAACCAGCACGACGCUAAGACGACCACCCAACCUUCAUGUCCGACAAAAACACUGUUGCACUCAUCAUCGGCACCACCUGCUAAGCGUAGAAAGCUCACCGCAGAAGAAAAAGCAAAGGCUGAAUCUGAGAAGGCAAGGAAGGCAUUGGAACGCGCCGAAAUGAAGGCGCGCAAGGAGGCUGAAGCGAAGGCUAGGGAAGAAGAGAAGCAACGUAAGGCUGAGGAGAAGCAGCGGAGACAGCAUGAAAGAUACGAGGAAAAGAAGAAAAAGGCGGAAGAACGAGAGCUCAAACAAAAGCUUAAAAGCAUGGAGAAGCAACAGAAGGAGGAGGAAAAGGAACGUCGUGAACGCUCCCAAUUACGCCUAUCGAACUUCUUCAAUUUACCGAAAGCCUCUCCCGCUGCAACCGAUCAGACCAAGGUUUUGGAGGCUACGGCUAGUCCAUCGAAGCUUAGUGCAAUGGGCCAGGACGACGUGCAAAGGAGGUCCUCCUCUCACGAUCCACUUAAACAUGAGGCUCCUCCCCAUACUGGAGCCAAGCCCGUUUCUCAUAUUGAAAAGCAGGCGAAACAAGUAGACAAGGGAUUUCUCCCAUUUGUUUUGGCUAAAAAUAUGCGACUUGCUCCAAUCAAUGCUUUCUUACCGGAUGACAAAGAUCUGGAUCUUGUGAAUGCGGAUAUGGACAAGUAUAAAGAGAACUCUACGACUGAGCCUAGCCCUUCUCUCAGAGAAACCUUCGCGAAGUUGAGAGUCAAUCGUGGAUUCCAGCCGCCAAAGGUCACGAGCGUACUGCAUCAGUUGCACGGCACAUCAAAUGCGCCCAUUGACCUAACCCAAGAUGGCGCCGGAAACCCUCUGAACGUCCUCAAGUCUAUCCCGGUCAAGUUCUUCUCAUUUGGCGAGGACGUGCGUCCUCCGUAUAGGGGAACCUGGACAAGGCCUGUAGGGAGCCGUCUUUCCCGUAAGCUUGCUCUCAAUCCGCUUAGGCAAGAACUUCCUGAGGUUGAUUACGCCUACGAUUCGGAGGCCGAAUGGGAGGAUGUAGAGGAAGGCGAAGAUAUUGAUAUUGAGGAGGACGAAGAGGAGGAUGAGGACGAAGAGGAAAUGGAAGGUUUCAUCGACGAUGAGAGCGCACCGCAAUACCUUGCUCGCAGAGGCUUACCUGCUCUAGACUUGGAACCGAAAUGCAGUGGCUUGCAAUGGGAAGACGCUUCUGGCAGGAUGAGGGCUGCAGACUCGAACUACGAAGACGCUGAUUUCGAAGAGUUCAAGGUGUGCUUCCUGCUAGAUCCCAGCCCUAAGACCAUUGACCCGUUCACCACGGCGUACUGGGAGCCUGAACCCAGACACGUUUCAUCAAGACUGCCUCUGACAAGCUCGAUGGGUCCACCACGAUUACCUCUUCAGGAUCGAACGAACGGGCAGGCCACGGUGCAAAGCACGCUAGUUAAUGGGAAGGUGCCAAAAGCAGCCAAAGUCGGUCCUCGCCUCGUACCUGCAGACAUUCUACCAGCGUUCAAAGAAGCUGUAAACGGUAGUGACAUGACUAAGAUCGCCCUGAUUGAAUCGUUGAAAAAACAGUUUCCAAAGCUUCGAAAGGAUCAGAUAAACGAAACUCUUCCCUUGAUUGCGCAACGAGUUGGUGCAAAGCAAGCCGAGAAGAAAUGGAUCCUGUUGCCAGAGGGCAAAGUCUGAGUCCUUGUUCAGAAGUUUUUGUAUGGAGAAUUGCUCGUGACGGGUAAUGAUCUAUCUGUUUGAGCUCAGUGUCGUCGUGGGAGUAAUCUUGAGGUUUUUUUUGGCUCAUUUGCCCAUGAUCGCCCCCCUUGUUCAGGAGCAUGGCUUGGAAGCCCCUUAAUAUGACACGAUCGUUGCACAAUGCCUUCGUCUUGAGUUAGAUGGCUCAUCAUGAAGGCAAUGUUCGUAUUAAUUACAAAGUGCGAAGCACAUAGCUGAGGAAAUCAUAGACACGGCAUUUUGUCGAGUGAGCAGUAAAGGUUCCUUUCAAAUCAGCUACACCUCCCUGAAAGUCUAUAAACCCAAAAGCCAAUCGUAUUAACUACGAGACUAUGUCUUGGAUUGGGUGUUCGGACUCAACAUGUACGAAAGAUCUUUGCGCAUGCUGACACGAGACUUUCAGUGCUUCGAUCUGCAUGCAACUGCUUCUAAGUUAACUGCAGUUGCUACGUUACCACAUUUCGGUGUGAGCACUAAGCUUAUGGCUCAGUGAUUACCUUGCUUCUAAACUGCUCAUCUUCCCACAGAUAGUUUAAUUAUGCUAAUUGGAUCCCGAGAGGUGUUUUGUAU